CGCAUUCUCAAGAAAUUCUAUCACACAAUUACCUAGAUACACAGACUUUUCGACUACUUCCAACAGCUCAUCACUGAAGUGACAAGUGACAAUGCCAUACGCUAACCAACCUAUAGUCACUUUGACGAGUUAUAACAAUGAAAACCUAAAGUUCAUCCUUGAAGAGACAGAUUUGAGCGUAGCGAAUGCCAUCCGUCGUGUUUGUAUUGCUGAGGUGCCCACUCUGGCUAUUGAUUGGGUACAGAUCGAAGAAAAUAAUACAAUGCUGAAUGAUGAGUUCAUUGCUCAGCGCGUUGGAUUAAUUCCGUUAACAUCUGAUAAUGUAGUUGAUAAAAUGACGUAUUUCCGCGAGUGCCCUUGCCGCGAAUUUUGUGAACAAUGUUCUGUGGAACUCACAUUAGAUGUAUGUUGUACUACAGAUGCACCUAGGCAUGUCACAGGAGCAGAUCUGAUUAGCAGUAAUCGUGAUGUGCAACCAGUACCUUCAAGAGAUGCUGAUGACUCUUCUUAUGUUGGCCAGGAAUCUAUACUAAUAGUAAAAAUGCGUAAAGGUCAACGAUUAAAACUGAGAGCAAUCGCUAAAAAGGGUUUUGGUAAAGAACAUGCAAAAUGGAAUCCAACUGCUGGUGUUGGCUUUGAAUAUGAUCCGGAUAAUGCCUUAAGACAUACAUUUCUGCACAAACCUGAAGAAUGGCCACGUUCAGAGUACUCAACACUACCAGAAGAUGAGCAUCAAGCACCGUAUGAUCCAACAGGAAAGCCGAAUCGGUUCUAUUUUAACAUUGAAACGUGUGGAUCACUUCAACCAAGAGCUAUUAUCUUUUCUGGUUUAACUGUAUUGAAAAGAAAACUUCAAAAUCUUUUGGAUAAUUUAACACAAGAAGGACUCUGAAAAAUACUAACUAUCCGAUCAAUUGUAAUAAAUUGAAAAGAAAAAAACGAACUUGUAAAUAAUAUUUUUAUAAAUUGUAAUGAAUCUGUGUAUUAAUACAAUUUUUGGCUCAUGGUGUACAAAUUUCGUUGUAAUGAGAGUCACAUUUUUUUCAAUUUUAUUCAAUGACACUUCUAAGCUGAUAUGUAAAGGAAAAGAAAACAUCGGUAGUGACAUUGUUUACUGUCGAAAACUCUGGGUUAUGUCUGAUAUAUAGUCUAAUAAG